CGCAGACACCGCCAAUUUCUUCAGCCUUUUCAUUUUGAUUCAAUUGAUUGGCAGCAUGAUUUACACGGCUUGCUCCAUAUUCUUGUUUGAUAGUGUACUACAAAAAUUCAACUUGAACAUUGGCGUUUUAUUCGUCUGUGUAUUUGUGAGCAGCUUUAAUUUAUUUCUGUAUUGCUACUUUGGGAAUCGAUCAACCGAUGAGUGUUUCUCUUACGCCAAUUUACUGUUUGAAUCAAGUUGGUUUGAGCUGCCAGUUAUGCUUGAGAAAUUUAUAACUGUUAUGAUUGCAAAUGCCCAACGUCCCCUCUUCUAUCAUGGCUUCGGCGUGGCUCGCUUAAAUCUAGACACAUUUUGCUCGAUGCUGAGAGCCGUAAUUAGUUAUUAUAUGGCCUUCAAAACACUGACAAAAGGAUGA